CACUCCCUCCUUCUCAUUCUUCUUAGUUCUUAUUCUUCUCCUCCCUCGUGUGUGUGUUUCACUCACAGCGCCGCCGCCUCUGCUUUUCGCGUCGUGCCUCUGCCUGCCACUUCUUUGUGAUGUCCUCCGCCGCCGCCGCCUGCAACUUCCAAGCUCCUUCUGUUGCUCUCUGCUCGUCUGUAAGUAGGAGAACAGUGAGCAAUGUACAACCAUGUUGAUCUAUCAUAUAUUAGUGCGUUACUGUUACUAUCGUUGUGACCCUUGAGUAGGUCAAUUUAUUUGAAGGUUUUGUGAAUUUGUAUUCUCUGGAAGGCUAGUGCUAUUUGAUUUCACAGUUAUGGAAGUAGCAAAGGCUCUUUCACACUCCAAAGCUGUCUCUUUUGGUUUCUCGAUUGUGAGCAAUAGCGUCUCUCUGAGACCUUUCAACAAGCAUUUUCAUGCUGAUAUACUUAAUAAUGACGGUCGAUUUCACCGCAGACCUAUACACAUUGGUUCCCAAUUGAAUUGCUACUAUGGAAAGCAAUUCUCCUUGUUGAAACCAACAAGAAAAAGGGCUGAUCUACUACCAACUCCUAGAUGCUCAGGUGCUGGUAACUCCAGCACCGAACCUCAUAAUCCAAUCGAAAUGCACUUGAGAGGUUUCUCGGCCGAGUCAGUAAAAGCGGCUCUUUUGCAGUUGACUCCCAUUGAUAUUGUGAAGUGGUCUGGGAUAUUAUCCAUCAUAGCUGCAGCCACAAAAUGGACUGUGAAUACACUCUUCAGUCCUUUCUUCUGGAUGUAUUUUAGUUGGUCAUGGUUGUUUUGGCCGUGGUUUGUAGCUGUAUUGAUUGCAUUUUACGGGUUACACUGCUUUGGGAAACAUUUGCAUGGCGAGGCAAACAUGUUCGAGCAAUUGGCGAUUGUUACAUCAGCUUUUACAUGGCUCACUCUGGUUCCGCCAGGUUUUUUCAAUGGCUACCUUGAAGGCUGGCCUUUUGUUUUCUUUUUUGUGUAUCAUUAUUUCUUUUUCUUCAAUGUUAGCAUUCGAAAGAGGUUAUAUGGAGACUAUUUUACCCGUCCCCAUGACCCUAAAUGGGAUGUGAACUUGCCGAUGACGUCUCGCCUUGUGUUUAGUGCGGGAAUCAUGGUUGCCCAUUGGCUUGCAGCAUUUGAAGGGCCAGAGCUUCACCGGAUACCAGGUGGGUGGAACAAUCUUGGAAUCUGGGCCUUAAUUCUCACAACUCUGCUAAUGCAGUACAAUGCAACAUUGUAUCUUGCUAAGUAUUCAGAAAAUGUGGUGGUGCCAACUGCUGUUGUUCAAUUUGGACCGUAUCGCUGGGUCCGUCAUCCAAUAUACUCAUCAACUAUGCUUCUAUUUGUAACAAACUUCCUUGCGCUUCGUGCACCCUUGAGUUUGCUGUUUGUUGUAGCAGUUUGUUUGUUGUAUUAUAGGCAGAAGGCAAAACUGGAGGAGGCUUUAAUGGUUGAGACUUUUGGUGAGAGUUAUACACAGUAUGCUAGCAAAGUUAAGUAUAAGUUUAUUCCUUUUAUCUAUUAGUUGGUCUCUAAAAUAUAUUUGUUAGAACUUUGAAAUUUGAUUGGAAUGUCAGGUUUAGCCGUUUAGGCAAAAGAGUGUCUCUAGAAAUCUGGAAAAUUUAUGCCUUAGUUUACGUUUUGAUGCUCAA